AUGUCACCGUUUGUCGUUUCGCCUGCACGCCUGAAUAAUAAGUGUAUCGAUCCCGUCGAGCGCAUUGGCGGCCCCCUGCGCACCACGACGCCCGCCGAGCCUUCCAGCCGGCGUCCUCCCGUUCGUUAUAGGAGACAGCUUCCGUUCGCGUUCAUCACCCCGUUUCGCGCAGGUCCACUGUGCGCCUUCCGCAGUCCACUCUUCGAGGACGGCGGCGACUCGGCGCGAACGCGCCAUACGGAACGAUCGUACGACGUGCGAACUGCCGCGGUAGACCCAGAGCGCGAUUCCCGAGCGCGCUCCGGCCGUGUCGGCGCUCCGCGCAUCAUCACCACCACCACGAAGACGUGUACAUCGUGUCUGACGAUUCUUCUUACAGCAUACCUGCUGUUGGCAUGCCCGAACCGAUCGUCCGAUCGCGCGAAUACAAUCCUGGGUAUCCAUCGACGUAUGCGCUUCCCGUCGAAAGGUAUGUCUAGUUAUGCCGUCGUCUAUCAAGAUGGAGUACAAGCUUCUGUGCAGGUACAGAGACUAUGCCCCUCCUUCCGGCCCUCCACUAUUCCCCGCACGCUUCCUUCCCGCGCGCCUACCCUGCUCGAGAAACCCACCUCUCUUUGGGUGUUUCUCCAAGUGGAAAAGCGAGUGCCCGUUCUUGUUCCCGAGUUGCGAAGCCGGGGGUGA